UCAGCAUGGCUUUUUUCUCUUUCCUUUUUAGUCAUGUAUAACCGAAGCCAAAGCUUCAGUUAGAGGAAGUUCUAACCAGAAUGUGAGUUUUUCUCGUUUUUGUCACAUUCUGGAGAUGAAAUUGCCAACUGAGGGAGCUAUUCUGUAAAAACUGAGCACAAAAUGCAUGAUGGCAAUCAACUGAAGAAAGACUGUGAGACAGUGGAAUUGACAGACUCAAGUAAUCUGCAUCCAAGGAAGCAUUCUAUUACCAAUACUCUGAAUCGACUGUUGGUUUUAUCCAUAAUCAUAUUGCUUAUAAUUACAGUGACUGCAAUACUAGUGGGUUUGUUAGUAACUGGUAGAAAAUUGCAUCGGAUAUCAUCAGAGUGUCUUGAAGCUGCAUGCCCAGAAAGCUGGAUUGGUUUCCAAAGAAAGUGUUUCUAUUUUUCUGAUGACUUCAAGAAUUGGACAUUCAGCCAGAGGUUUUGUGACUCACAUGGUGCUGAUCUUGUUCAAGUUGAAACCAUCAAGGAACUGAAUUUCCUACUGAGGUAUAAAGGCCCUUAUGACCACUGGAUUGGGCUCAGCAGAGAACUAGGCCAACCGUGGAAAUUGAUAAAUGGCACUGAAUGGAGCAACUGUUUUCCUAUCAGAGGAGGAGGAGAAUGUGCCUAUUUGAAUGACAAAGGUGCCAGCAGUGCUAGGCAUUACACAGAGAGGAAGUGGAUCUGUUCCAAACCAGACACGUAUGUCCAGAUGCAGAGACAAAGUUCUACCUGAUCUUCAUAUAUUCAUCAUAACAUACCACCAGCUGGAGGAAUGGUCUGAGGUACCAUCAUCAACGUUCUUCACGAUGGCCACUUUGCAUCCAGGCCAGGACUAGCACCAU